AUGGAAAAAGACAAUUUCCAGGAGUCAGAAUUAGGGAAGAGUAGAUCUCCCAAAAGAAUUAUCCAUUUCGCUGAUGGAGACAUCAUGGAAGAAUACAGCACAGAGGAGGAGGAAGAGGAAGAAAAAAAGGAACAGAAAACGAAUUCAAUACAUGAUCCCUCUACACUUUCAUGGGGGCCCUAUCUAUGGUUUUGGGCAGGGCAAAUAGCAAGCACCUCAUUUUCUACAUGUGAAUUCCUUGGUGGAAGAUUUGCUACCUUCUUUGGUCUCAAUCAACCCAAAUAUCAGUAUGUGUUAAAUGAGUACUAUAGAACACAAGAUAAGGAAAGUGACAAGGAAAGUGAAGGGAAUGGAUCAAAGGCCCAGCCAGCCAAGGUUCCUAAUGAAAAGUGUCACCUGGAGGCUGGGGGCCAAGAGUAUGGAACCAGACAACAGCACAUUGCCCAGGGUGUUCUUAAGUGGAGCACCUCAUCUGGGGAGGGCCUGGCAGCAGAUUUCAACUCAUAA